AUGGCAUUAAUGGGUGUUAUCCGUAGUCUAAUUUUUUCACGUGGAUUUAGAACCUUAUCUAUAUUAAAUGCUAGGUCUAGACAGCCUAAUAGAAAUAAAAACUCAGGCAGCAAAUGGGAUGAUAGCUUGGAAAUAGAUGACGAAUUCUAUGAUGCUAUUGAGAACUUAUCUAACACACUUGUCACAGAUACAUCACGUUCUGUAGCUGAAAGUCUUACUGAGGAUCAUAAGAGUGCUCGAAAAAGGAUUAAAGCGCAAAUACUUUACAAAAAAUUGCUCAAGGGUUCUCCAGAAUCAUCUAUCCUUUCAUACCGUGCGAGAGAACAGAUAUCACAUUUAUCAUUAACAGACCCAUCUGAGUGGACUUCAAACGCUAUUUCAGAAUUUUUUCCAAUAUCAGAACGUGGAGCGCACGCUUUUUUAAGGAAACAGAGCAAGAAUCCGUAUCGUAUCUUCCGCUCACUUGAUCGAGUUAUACGCUUCGACACUGAAGCGAUAAAACUCUGGCUUAUUAUUAUUGAAACGAUUUGCAUGGCACAAGUUACAGAAUUAGUCAAAUCUGAGGAAUCUCAGAUACGGCAAGUCUUGGCCACUCAGUUACCACCAGGACUUCGGUGGACUGGAAUGGAAAAUGUUCUUUCUAGACUUGCUUAUGUAGAUGGGAACCCAAAUCUACCUUUUCCACCUCAAAAUUCAUUAGAUGCUUAUAACUUCGCUCUAUCUACCCACAAACCUGGUUAUUUUCAGCAGAUUGCUGAAACCUACUACAAACCAGCCGAUACAGACGAAAAGUCCCUCAGUAUUCGCGGGCAGCAGGAACUAGAUCUUUCAAUCGGAGGGGGAAUCGAUGACCCUUCUGAACGGACUUCUAAUGACCACGAUAAGCGGCAUUCUAUCAUAUCACGAAUGGAUCAACAAACAACUGGUCAAUAUUUGAGUGUGCUUCCACCUAUAGUUACUUUCAGCCAUCAGGAGAUUGACCCAGCCGUCAAAGCACAAGAAGAAAAACAGAUCCCGAAACUAAGGACUCAGGAUCAAAUAAAUCCAGGAGUUAAUCAGAGUCAAUCUCCAGGCAACCGUGGAAACCCAAAGGAUCGCCGCCAUGUCCGUCCAAUACUCUCCUCCUCUCAUUCUCCUCCUUCAACAAUAGCAGCAUUUAAACCACGAAAUCUCCAAGAUUAUUUGAAUUGUCCCUUCCGACGCAAGCCUUUCGUAUGUGAAAGGGGAGAUUCUGAAAGAUCCACCUCCAAUCAACAUUUAAGUCGACGCAAACUUCUUCACACUGGUGGUAAGUCGCUGAUUCUGACAAUAAGUAGCAUGAGGUCCACAUGUGAAGAGUGUAGAAAGGCCUAUGCCCGAUCUACGGAUCGAGCCAAGUGUAUGGUGAAGGAUGGUCAACAACGUGACUCGGUUGAGCAGGUAAACCUAUGA